AUGGCUCUUGAGUAUGAACCACUCGAGCCAUCUCUGCGAGAGAUCCGACUGCUCACUCUAUUGCCGGCAUCCAACACAUCAGACGACGCAGUUUCCGCUAAUCUGCAGAAAUUUUCGCUAAACAGACAACUGAUUUUUAAAGCGCUUUCCUAUGUCUGGGGUGACGAGAAUGAUACAAAGCCAAUCAAGGUCAAUGGCAAGACGGUGCCAAUUACAAGAAAUCUGGAAGCAGCGCUUCGACAAUUGCGGCGCUCCGAACCCCUGGUGCUAUGGGUAGAUGCCUUGUGUAUCGACCAGAAAAACACAAAAGAAAAAGGGUUUCAGCUUCCCUUGAUGUGCGAGUUAUAUACACGAUCACAACAAGUGAUCAUCUGGCUCGGUGAGGGAAAUCGAUAUAUCGAAGCAUUGUUUCAGUGGGCCAAUUCCACAAGAGCAUCGGAAGCGGCCAGUAUUGAAACUCCUCCGUCAGCUAUCCCGCCUGCACAGAAUGAAAGCGCAAUGGCAUGGAUUGGUUAUAUCGACCUUUUCCUGCUACCAUAUUGGAAUCGCAUGUGGACAUAUCAGGAGAUGGUCCUGCCAGACAAUGACCCUGUUUGUGUCUAUGGUAGUCACAGCAGCCCACUUUCGGUAAUCACCGCACCUGAACUCUUUUCAGAAUUGGUACGAAUGACCGAUCCGCAUUCCAUCUUUACUGAGCUGGCAACACUAGAUCUGUCCCAGUAUGAGGAUUCCAUUCGCCAAAAGCUACCUUUUGGCGUGGACGCACCGGUGAUUCAGGAAAUCGGAGCCGCGAUCAAGGUGGCACGUUUACCACUUAUUGGCAAAAAGCUCGACAAACUUCACAUACUCCUGCGCUCUACAGUUGGUCGCAAGAGUCACGAUCCCCGGGAUCGCUUUUAUGCCUUGUAUGGAUUGUGUACGCAAGCGCGAUCCCUUUGCCCAGCAGACUAUGCCGAAAGCAACUGUAUCGACAAGGUAGUGGUCAUGGCAGCCGUCUUUAUUGCGGAAUUCGAGCUUAGUCCCUAUUUUAUGAUUGCCGAAUUUGGAAUGCGCGCGUCGAGAUUCUCUGACCUCAUAUUGCCAUCUUGGGUUCCCGAUUUCAACGCAGUACCCAACUUACAUACUCAAGAACCGCUAUGUGCAGAGAGCCUACAAAGGAGGCUGGCAAGCGACCCUAAGCCUGCGAAUCGAUGCCGAGACUCUGGUAUACUCGUCGAAGAUCCUGGUAUAGGAGGCCUUGAGAAAGACAUUUCCAUAUCGUUGCCAGCAUACCUUCACGAGUUCCAGCGAGAAGUAGAGUAUAUACUAGAGCGAGUGUCCCCUGGUGAGUUCAGUUCUCUAAUAUCGAAUCCGCACAAUGUCCAGCAGCACAUCAAGUUCUUCAAAGCUAUUUAG